GAUUCUUGAAAAGCGAGAACGAAAACGUUCGCAUUCGCGAGUCAUUUUCUCGAUACUGGACAGCUAAACUAGGAAACUUAAUCACAGAAUUUGAAGCCUCUCAAAUUUGGUGCUUUUAGCUACGUUUUACUGUAUUAUACUCUUUACUUGUCUUUGUUGUCCGUUCAGACGUUGAGGUUCGUUUUACAAUUUGAAGUCAACCGCCUCCUUGUUGAAAUGUCGCUAUCCAUCAGGGAACCGUUUCCUAUCUCAAACAACUUCGAAAACAAUCAAGAAAGCAACGUGUUGAAGAAAGCAAAGAUGGAAGAUGGUCAAGUAAGAGCAACUCAACAAGGGCAGAAACGUGCGGCUUUGAGCACAAUAACGAACAACGCAAUGAGAAUUCAGCCGUUUCGUGCUGCUAAACAACAGGUCGGUGAAACGAGGUCAAUUUCAUGCAACUAGUUUCUAAGACCUUUAAAAUUUAUGUACGUUUCCAAUGCUGGUAUUUGAGCCUUUCUUCGUUCAAUUUUAUUUUUUGGAUAUAUUUAGGCUGGUUUUGCUGGUUCGAAGAACGACGAAAAUGCUUUCAGUCGUUUACAACAAAAGACCUCGGUCUUCGCUGUACCGAAGAGUGCACAACAGAGUUUUAGCAUUCACGAAGACCCAGAGCCUGUUAUUGCAAGUGCUCAGAGUAGAACACAUCAUUCUAGUUCUUUAGUUCCAGAAAUAAAUCCGGCCAUAACGUCGCUUUCAAGUUCGGCUUUAACAAACGUGUUCGUUUCAAACAGAGCAAGAAAUGAAGGUAAGCUUCAACGCAUUGAAUUUGAACUUUGCGACCCAAAUUUUCCUCAUUCUUUAGAGCACCGUUUUUUGGCAUUUGAAUUGUUUCAUUUUACCACAAGGUUCUUUUGAGUCAUCAUUUAAUUUCUUAGGUUAUUUAAAGCCCUAAUACAUCUUUCAAAACCCACUCAUUUAUUUAUUUUUUAAUUUCAUUUUACUGCAGUGGAUUCCCCCAUGGUUAUAGAUUCCAGCGAUGACGAGGACUUUGAAUGCACGAAAGAAACAACGCCAGAAAUACACGACAUCGACAAUGGCAACGACAUUUUUGGUGUUACAGAAUAUGCUUCAGAGAUAUACCAAUAUUUGAAGAAGUCUGAGGUAUUUUGUGUUUUGUACACAUGCGAGUUGUGAAGAUCGUGUUUGGAAAAUGCUGUGAUUUGAAAUUGAAUGAAAUGCAUGUGAUUAGAAUGUUAUUUUUAAUGUGGUUGGUUUGAUGUUCUUAAAGCCUUGUCUAUUCCAUUGGUUUUAUCUUUUGAAAUAUACAUACCUCUGCCUUUUCAAUUUUUAAUAAUCGUCAUUUCACCGCAAUCCUGCAAUAAUUUAUGGUGUACUCUGGAAUUAUUCAAUCAGCCGGGAGCUUCCCAUAAUUCCUCCUCCAGUGCCCUAGUCUUGGAUUGUGCACUGCCUGAAUAAAUUUGAUCCACUACUUGAUUUUAAAACUUGACUUUAAAAAGGAAAAUUUUAAAAUCGUCAUAAGUGCCAAAAUCUGAGCAAUCACAGAUGAAAUAAGUAGAAGAAAGCUCUAGAUAUUAACGAGACAUUACUAAUGUACAAGACAGUAGAUUCAAAAUGCUCAUUUUGAAUUAUGCAUUAAGACUGAACUCUCAGUGUGAAUUGCCCUUGGGAUGUGUAGGGGAAAAAAUGCGAGCUCCGCUUUUAGGCUUGGCUAAAUUUAUAUAUUAUAACUCUUGUUUGGGUUUUGAUGAUCUUUUAAAAAAAAACCUGUAUCAUUUAAUUUGCAAACACAUGGAUCUGAUGGGUGGAAUGUCUAUUUUUCCAGCUCAAGAACAUGCCCAAACCAAACUACAUGAAGAAACAAACUGACAUCAACCACUCUAUGCGUUCCAUCCUUGUUGACUGGCUGGUUGAAGUGGCUGAAGAGUACAAACUUUCUCUCCAAACUCUUUAUCUAACCAUAAACUAUAUUGACCGAUUCCUAUCAGUUAUGUCUGUUCUACGGGGUAAGCUACAACUGGUGGGGACUGCUUGUAUGUUGAUAGCAGCCAAGUUUGAGGAAAUUUAUCCUCCAGAUAUUUCAGAUUUUGUAUACAUCACAGAUGACACCUAUAAUUCCAAACAGGUAUGUGCAAGUAAUUGUUUGUGAUUUUCCUCUGUCAGUGAAGUACAGGAUAUGCUUAUGACAAACUAUUUAUAGUCUUCUAUGGGCAAUCCAUUAGUCACUGUUCUGAAAAUGGUAGAGAGGGUAUUAGUGGGUGUCAUGCAAGAAAGAGUGCACGUGCAAAUUUAAAAUAUUGAUCUUUAUAGUAGCUGACUGCUUUUUUCAUUUUGCAUGGUGGACAUACACCUGUAACUGUUUCUUGUUUUCUGGUGGUUUCUUUUUUGAUAAAGAAAACUACAGUUUUUCUCACAUGAAAGAAAAAUAUAUUCUCCUGAGGGCAUGAAAUACUGUGAAAAAUUAACAUGAUCCAUUUAGCAGACAAAUAACUUUGUCUUUUUAACAAAGCUGUAUUUAGAGGAAACUCAUUUUUUUAGACAUUGCUAAGUUCAUUUUGUCUUUUUUUUUUUGGCAGGUUCUAAAAAUGGAGUCUCUUAUUCUGAAGACUUUAGGAUUUGAAGUUUGUGCGCCAACAAUACUAAAUUUCCUUGAAAGAUUUUUGAAGGCUGCAGAAUGUCCUGAAGCAGAUAAAUCCAAAGUUGAAUCAUUAGCAAAGGUAUGUUUAGAUUGUCUGUGCUUGAUACUAUAUGUAUUGUACCAAUGAAGAAGGAACUGUUUUCAUUGAUUUUAAAGACUUGAUAUCCAGAGUAAUAAUGGCAACAUCAUUUUAGGGAAUUGUUUUAUCUGUGAGUAAGUUGGUUGAUAGUGUAAUGUCAUCACCUGAGUGCAAGAAUUCCUAAGCAGAAGUUAUCUGUUGAGUCCAGAGCUAUUGUCUAUCUUAUCCCUGGCUGUUCAAAGAGUGGAUGACUCUAUCCAGACAGAAUUGAAAGUUUUUAAUCAUUGGUACAGCCCUUGACAGGUUUUGCUCCUAUCUUACAACUAUACAUACAUGUAUUUUACUUUUUUUUAUUGCAGUAUCUCUGUGAACUUUCAUUGCUUAAUGGAGAACCUUUCCUACAGUAUCGGCCAUCUACAGUUGCUGCCAGUGCUGUUGUACUGUCUCUUCAUACUAUUGGAUUAACAUCAUGGGUAAGACUUCUGUUUACUUGUUGAUAAUGUUUAAUGUUAAAAACUGCUUUCCUUCAAAGUGCAGGAAGAAUCUCUUAAAAAAACAAACUUUGCAUGCCCAUAAAAAUGCCUCUAGAACAUGUUAUCUAAUUGACAGAAUAUCUCUAUUUAGAGACAUUUUUCAGUCCCUGAUGGUAUUCCCCUAAAUUAGGAUACAAAGCCAAUUUCCUUGGUUUAAGUGUUUGUUAUAAAACAAGAUACAUGAGCAUUGUGUAGUGACCAUGCUUGCAUAAGUCCCCAACCCAAGACCAAACCAAUCAAUUGGUGACCUAGAGUGAAAACCAAACAGCAAAGGUUAAAAUUUAACCCUUUAAGUCCCAUUAGUGACCUAGACAGAAUUUCUCCUUACACAUCAGUAUGAUAUCAAGCAGACAAGUAAUGAGAAUACAGAAAAAUAUCAAUUAGGGGAUUAUUGGUCAAUCCAAUCCAAAUUUUCCAAACUAACAUCUUUUUUUAACCUUUUCUCUUUGGUGUCUCCAGAAUCCAACUCUGGCUCACUACACUGGGUUCCAACUCCUUGAUCUUCAAGCAUGUGUCCAUGAUCUUCAUCGUGCAUUCAGUCAUGCACCAAAACAACAACAGCAAUCUAUAAGAGAAAAAUACAAGAGCUCCAGGUAAGACACGAGAAAUAUUGUGUUAAGUUCCUCUGAGUUCCUUUACAAACACUUACUAAAACAUUUAGGGGCAAAUAAGCCUCCCUCUCUGCAAAAACUCUACAAUAAAAACUAAGCUUAAAUGAUGAACCCAUCAGGGUUUGAAAAAGCUCUUGAUAUAUUAUGGAAACUUGCAAACAAAGUUUCAAAAUCUGAAAUUUAAUUUUGGCUUAAGAAAUGUAUGCUGUACUCACUCAGGCCUGGUAACGACUUAGAAGAAAAAUAAUUCACUUUGGCUCUCAAUAAGUUCUUGAUAAGCUAUCCAUCAAGGAGUCUUAGAAACUGAUAACCAUGUACUCUCCAUCCCUUGGUCUCUUGUAAAACUCUUUCUCCAACUUUGUUUGCUUCAUUUCAGCUGUCAUGGAGUGGCAAAUCUUCCAGCUCCAGAGAUGCUUCCCCUAGCAUAAUUUCCCCCAAUAAUGAUAAAGAAUGACUGUGUAAAUAUUUACUGCUUUCUGAAAGAGAGGCUUUUAUUAGGGAACAAUUAUCUUUACAUAUUCUCCAAGCUGUUUGAAUAUUUGUGUAAAAGACGUUUUCACAAACAAAUGGUAAAAUCUGUUAUCUGAUGGAAUGUAUCCAGAGUUAUUUUUUUAACUUCUUAUUAUCACAAAGCUAUAUACAGAUGUAUUUACCUUUAAUUCACCUCUUAAAUCUUUUUGACUUAACAUUUUUACAUUAUAAGUAGCAUUGAAUGUAUUAAUUAAGCUGGC